UAAAAAUUAUCAGCUUUUUAGCUUGAUCCUCUUGUCAUAUACUCCAGCUGCUGUACUCUUAUUUGUUUGUGUGAUAUUUUAUCUUAUCAAAUCUGUGACAUCUAAGACCGGCUAAAUAAAGAAUUAUGUCAAGAUCUUAAGACAAUCAAAUGUUUGAUAUAUGAUGGUUUUUAUUGUUCUAGCCAUCACUUGUUAACAAUAUAUUCCAAAUUAUAUAAGGCUUGAACUUGAUGAAGAAACAGGUGAACCCUCCAUUUGAAAUGUCGACAGAAGAUGAAUUUUAUUCCUUUAAGGCAUACGGAGACGCUGCUGAUCCAAGCCUGCUGCAGCCCGCACGUGAAGAACAAAAUUUUCUAGCACAAGUUGCUACUUUGGAUGAUUUAUACCUCGGUAUUGGUUCUUCACCAUUUCAGUUCUGUGGUGAGGAAACAGGAAAUUUUCCAAGUUUCAACUCUCAAAACUCACCACAUGUUGAGGCAAAUGAAGAGAAGUCCUAUGCAUUUCCUUGUGCAUCUUUGGAGAUUUUGAGAGGCUGCGGAAGUAGGAUUAGCGCUGUAAACAGAAAAGGGGUACAUGGACUGAGCAAUGAGGUUGAAGAAAAGGCGUCAUCUCCCUCAGAAUUGUCGAUAAAUGAUGUAAUCAAGCUGUCUGCAGCCAACUUCAUUCAGUCCAAGGUGGCAACUGGAAAUGAACUCUAUGCUAUCAGCCAUCCAUAUGCAGAUGCAUUCUUAGGCCUCUCCGAAGAGAAUGCUAGGGAUGUUCGCCUCGUGCAGGACCUCCUCUCGUGUGCAGAGAAAGUAAGCAAUCAGCAAUACGACUCUGCAAGUAAGCUUCUUGAAGAGUGCCACAAGCAGAGUUUCAAACAAAUGAACAAAACACAAAGAUUGGUGUACUAUUUCACUGCAGCUCUUUCUGAAAAGAUUGAACGAGGAAGAGGGAGAUGCACGAAAAUUGACAGUCCACGCGAUCCCACUGCCCCUAGCUCUGCUACUACUGCCUUCUUCAUGAAGCUGCCUUUCUCUCAGAUCACACAGUUUGCUGGCAUUCAAACAAUGGUGGAACACGUGUCGGGUUGUAGGAAGGUACACGUCAUUGAUCUUGAACUCCGGUGUGGGGUCUACCAGACGGUCCUGAUGCAGGCUCUGGCAGCUGAGUGUAUACAUUUCAAGAUAACUGCCAUAGCAACUGAGCCGAGCACUGUGAUUGAGGAGGCCGGUGUGAGGCUUAACGCUCUAGCCACUUCCUUGAAUGUGGCCUUCUCUUUCAAUGUGAUAAGUUUAGAGAAUGUUGUCGAUUUUCAAAUAAGCCUCUUUGAUCUUGAUGAAGAUGAGGCAGUUCUGGUCCACAGCGCGCAUGCUCUGGAGAAGCUGGUCAUGAAGCCAAGAGAGCUCGACAUCUUGAUGAGGAUCAUCAGGAGGAUCAAUCCUCGCGUGAUGGUCAUCAUUGAGGCCGAAGCAAAUGUGAAUUCUCCGGCCUUUGUGAACCGCUUUGUCGAGGCCCUUCUCUACUGUGGUGCUUAUUUCGACAGUUUGGAAGAUUGUUUCAAGAAUGAUGUUGCUGAGAGGUUGUUCAUUGAGGCGAAAGUCCUGAAUCCCGUUGUAAGAAAUGCUGUCGCGGCUGAGGGAGAUGAAAGAGAGCACCGGAUUGUAGGCAUAACCGUGUGGAGGGCAUUUCUUGAAAGGUUUGGCAUGGUGGAAAUGGAGCUUAGCAAACUAGCUCUCACUCAUGCAAGCAUGACUCUUGACAGAUUCGAGUGUCGACAUUCUUGUGCACUUGCUUUCAAUGGGAAUUCCCUCAUUGUUAGUUGGAAGGAGACACCAAUAUGUUCACUAUCUCUGUGGAAGUUUAGGCAGAGCAAGAUCAUGUCUUAAAAAUGUUUCAAAAAAAAUUACUAGUAUUUUAUUUUUCUCAUUUUUAUGUGUCAAACUUUCAUCAUUUGUCUGCUUAACAUAUGCACAGCAUUGAUGGAGCUAUGUUACUCUGAUAAUUUGAAAUCUACUGAAAAUUGUUUCA